AUGGAGAAAGGUUCAGCAGCGAGUUCGGCGAUUGAAGAGAGAAAUGUAAGAAACAAAAUUCAUAUUCCUGAUGAUCUUGCAAUUUCCAUUCUAUCAAAAUUACCUGUUAAAUCCUUGAAGCGUUUUCAAUGUGUACGCAAAUCAUGGUCACUCAUGUUUGAAAACCCUAUUUUUAUGAACAUGCUCCGCAAUCAUUUUUCAUCUAAUAACCAUUCUCAUUAUAGUCAUACAUUUCUCUUCCUAACUGCGGUUGAUCCGCCUCUUUCGCAUGGCGGCGCGUUCUAUUUGCUCUCGUCCGACGGCGACAAGUUUGAGAAUAUAAUCAAAUUUGAUUUGCCACCUCCAUUGCAAGAUGAUGACACUUCACUUUAUAUUUUAGGUUCAGUUUGUAUUAACGGUAUUAUAUGCAUCGGCCAAAAGACUAGUAAAGGACCGGUAAAUUCUUUUCGUGCUGUAUUAUGGAAUCCGGCUACCUCCGAUUUUCUUGUUAUUCCUUCUAGUCCUGAUGAGAAUGUACUCCCAUAUCGGGAUCCGUAUUUUGAAUUUAAUGGAUUUGGUUAUGAUCAUAUCAGAGACGACUAUAAGUUGAUUCGAUAUGUAUCUUUUUUUCCUGUAACCGACGAAGAUGAAGAUAUGCCGUUGGAAGAUAAAUCCUAUGAACCCGUGUUGGAGAUAUAUAGUUUUAGAAGUAACUCUUGGAGGAUACUCGAGAUCGAUAUGCUUGAUAAUAUUCGUGAUUUUUCUUAUGGUCAACCGUGGACAGGAGUCUACUUGGAUGGAGUUUGUCAUUGGUUGGGUACUAGAGGUAUAUAUGGGAAUGAAGGUUGUUUGGUGUCAUUUGAUUUGAGCAAUGAGGUGUUGAUUAUGACACCUAUAUUAGACAUGGAUGAAACCUGUGAUUUGAUAUAUAUAGACAGACACUUAGUGGUGUUAAACGAGUCGGUUGCUUUGAUCUCAAAUUGUUUUAAAUCUACUACUUUUCACAUUUCAAUUUUGGGUGAACUCGGCGUUAAGGAAUCAUGGAUCAAACUCUUUAUUGUUGGGCCCAUACCUUUUACUGAAUACCCCGUUGGAGUUGGGAAGAAGGGUCACAUUUGCUUCAAACAAGAAAACAAUGAACUAGUCUGGCUUGAUUUAAACACCCAGGUAACAUCAAAGAUUGGUGUUAAGGGAGUGAUAUAUGGUUCUCAGAUAGGAGUUUAUAAGGAAAACCCUUCUUUCAACUGGAGGAUUUCAUAG